AUGACGGCAGCCACAAAAUCAAAAACGAACAAAGUCUCGACUACUCCAGCCAUGGCAUCUUCAGUGCUGAAUACUCCAGAAACCCUGGAGAUGAUCCUAGUUCAGUUAGACAUGCGCACAAUCCUUACCGUGUCUGUCGGGGCCUGGUUGAAUCUAGUCACCACAUCACCCUCGAUCCAAAAGGCACUAUACUUCACCCCGAUCACAGAGUCCGAAGGAGAACCAAAUGAAAAGACACUCAAUCCACUCUUGAAAGAGGAAUUCCCUCCUAUGUUUCCGCCAAAGGAUAGUUCGUCUUACGAUGGAUUCGACUUUUCCGAUUUCAAAUGA